CUGAACACUUCUAGGAGGUGACUAAUCGGUUAAUCGACAUCAAAGAAAGACCAGUGUAUAUUCUUUAUUUUUUUUUUAACGAUAAUUUAUUAACUUUUACAGAAUAUGAGCUCCGCAAUGGAAAACCACUUGUUCAACCUCAAGUUCGCUGUCAAGGAGCUCGAGAGGAAUUCAAAGAGGUGCGAGAAAGAGGAAAAGACCGAAAAGCUCAAGGCGAAAAAAGCUAUACAAAAAGGCAACCUGGAAGUGGCCAGGAUCCACGCAGAAAACGCCAUCAGGCAGAAGAAUCAGUCUGUCAACUACCUCAGGAUGAGCGCGAGGGUGGAUGCUGUCGCCAGCAGAGUCCAGACGGCCCUCACGACGAGAAAGGUGACCCAGUCGAUGGCCGGUGUCGUCAAGGCGAUGGAUGCCGCCAUGAAGAGCAUGAACCUCGAAAAGAUUUCAUCGCUCAUGGACAAAUUCGAAAACCAAUUCGAAGACCUCGACGUCCAGAGUUCAUACAUGGAGAACACAAUGUCGCAGACUGUUACAACAUCGGUUCCUCAGAACGAUGUCGACAAUUUGCUACAACAAGUCGCAGACGAAGCUGGACUUGAGUUAAAUAUGGAAUUGCCCCAGCCUGGACGAACAAUCGGCGCUUCGACUCAGGCGUCACAAGAACAGGACGAGCUCUCGCAGCGCCUCGCUCGCCUCAGGCAAGCUGAAUGAGCUUAUUUCCAUCAAACAACUAUUUUAAAAAUAAUGUAAAAAUUUAAAACAUUUGCCUAUGCAUCUUUAUACAUUGUGAUAUUGUUAGGCAUAAGCGGAGAAUGAAUUUAAAAUAAAUUUUUUUUUUUUAAUUCUCAAUUUGAGAAUAAUAUAAGUUGUAUAAAGCCUUUUCUUUUCUUUUUUUGUUAAAUAAAUUUCAUAAUUAAAAGCCGUCUUCACUUUUGUUUAUUUGUAUUUAAUAUUGUUCAUUGACAAUUCCACACAAGUAUUAGUUAUUGUACAAUUUUAACAGGCAUUACGAAAUAAAUGCUUUUUUCAAACACCACCA